UUUGAGUGAGGUAUUGGCGAAAUAUAACAUUAAUAGUGAUAGCAUAACAAGCAUACCUCAGUUCGCUUCAGACCCCUAUCCUAUAGAGGAAAAUUCUCCGGAGUUUAAGCUCUGUAUUGUCGACAUUCUUCGCAGAAUAAAAAAUAUGGGUCCAGUUGUUGACAGCAAUGAG